ACCAGAGGUUAUUCGAAUUCUAUCGGUCGGAGCAGGUCGGAUCGGAGUGGCCGUUGAUAUAUAGUACUCGGUGGUGUGAGUUUUGAGUGCUGUUUCGACCGGCGGUUAACACACGUAUGGAGUGAGAAAGCGAGAAACGGAAAAGUUUCUCAGAGGUUUGUUUGUGCAAUCAUGAACGACCGUCGAAACAGGCGGGAGGUGUUAACGGUGUUGUUUUUGUGCGCGCUAUGGUACAUAAUCUCGAGCACCAGCAACGUAGUGGGCAAAAUGCUGCUCUCGGAGUUCCCCUACCCGUUGACAGUGACCAUGGUCCAGUUAACCUCCAUCACCAUUUACUCCGGUCCGUUGUUCAACCUGUGGGGCGUCCGAAAGUACUCGUCCGAUAUUCCAUGGGGCUAUUACCUGCGACUGAUCGUGCCGCUCGCGCUGGGAAAAUUUGUGGCAAACGUGUUCAGCCACGUCAGCAUCUGGAAAGUGCCCGUCUCGUAUGCCCAUACUGUAAAGGCUACAAUGCCCUUCUUCACGGUCUUCCUGUCAAGAAUAAUACUGAAGGAGAAACAAACAUGGAAGGUGUACCUUAGCUUGGUUCCAAUUGUCGUCGGUGUGGCUGUUGCUACCCUAACAGAACUGAGUUUCAACAUGAUAGGUCUUCUGAGUGCCUUAGCAUCUACCAUGGCAUUCUCUUUGCAAAAUAUUUAUUCCAAGAAGGUGUUGCACGAUACAGGAAUACACCACUUGAGGCUUCUACAUGUUCUAGGUCGUCUAGCGUUAAUUCUAUUCUCUCCCAUUUGGAUAAUAUAUGAUCUGAGAAGGCUAAUAUACGACCCGGUUAUACACGGGUCUCCAAAUUUAAGUUACUACAUAUUAGGCCUGUUAUUCUUAGACGGUGUGUUGAACUGGCUUCAAAAUAUCAUUGCGUUCUCGGUACUGUCUAUCGUUACUCCUUUAACUUACGCGGUGGCCAGCGCAAGUAAGCGUAUAUUUGUCAUCGCGGUGACGUUGUUCGUGCUCGCGAACCCAGUGACGUGGGUGAACGUGUUGGGUAUGACACUGGCUAUUUCCGGGGUAUUAUGCUACAAUAAAGCAAAGUACGAUCAACGGUUGGAAAAAGAGAGCGAUACAUCUCUUCCGUCAUAUUACGAUAAAAAUCGUAACGGCAAUGCUAGUUCCUUCUUUUUCUUCCAGAACAUGACGUUUCAGUCAUGGCAAUUAUUACAUUGA